UCCCAGAAUGCCGCUGUGUGCCAGCGAAGCAGUGAUCAAUGAUCAGACACCAACUGAAGACAAUGGAUUAAAAAUCGAUUAUUAAUCAGCGAUACACGAGAGACAUUAGUCAGCAGUUUAAAGAUCAACCGAUGACUGAAGAGCUUGAGGAGCGCUCAUCGGGUUUGAAUCGGAUGUUAAUCGUUAUAGUGCUGAUCGUGCCAUCACUGAAUUACUGCUGUAUAUAACAUAAAAAAUUAUAUAAAAUCAUCAACAUUGUAUUAAUACCGUCGUCAACAAGAGCUCAAGACAAACACAACAGAGUAAAUGGCGAGUCCUAGAACCAGACGUGUGCUAAAGGAGGUGCGGACAGAAGAUGAGAAUAAUGUGUGUUUUGAAUGUGGUGCGUUUAACCCACAGUGGGUGAGCGUGACAUACGGUAUCUGGAUCUGUCUGGAGUGUUCGGGCAAACACAGAGGACUCGGAGUUCACCUCAGCUUUGUGCGAUCUGUGUCAAUGGAUAAGUGGAAGGACUUGGAGCUUGAGAAAAUGAAGGCUGGAGGAAACGGGAAGUUCCGUGUUUUCCUGGAGCUUCAGGAUGAUUAUGAUCCCAGUUGGAGUUUGCAAGAGAAAUACAACAGCAAAGCUGCUGCACUCUUCAGAGAUAAGGUGGCGACUCUAGCUGAGGGAAAGGAAUGGUCUAUUGAGAAUUCAUCUGCUAAAGACUGGACUCCACCACAAAACAAGACCGGCCUGAGCGCUGCACACCGGUCGAGUGCUGGUGUAGGUCAGAGUUCGUCUCACUCUGAUAAAGCAUUUGAAGACUGGCUCAGUGAUGAUGUCAACUCAUACCAGAAUGCUGGUGGGUCCGGUGCUCAGGAGAAUAGAUAUGUGGGCUUCGGUAACACUCCAAACCCACCCAAGAAAGAAGAUGAUUUCAUCAAUAACACCAUGUCCUCCUUAUACUCCGGCUGGAGCAGUUUCACUGUCGGAGCGAGUAAGUUUGCAUCAGUCGCUAAAGACAAUACCUCAAAACUAGCCAACCAAGCCACUCUGAAGUUAUGGGGUUAUAAACCGCCCCCGGAGCCGGCUGCUGAAUUGGGCCAAACAUUAAAUAACACCGUUAUCAAACCCACACAAGAGAAGGUGAAGGAAGGAAAGUUAUUUGACGACAUGACUGUCAGUAUCACAGGACUGGCCACAAAGGUUCAGGGAGCAGGUGCAAAGGGUUGGAAGGAUAUGACAUCAUUCUUUGGUGGAAAAGAUGGCACAGAUGAGAGUGCUUAUGAAGGUUAUCAGAACCAGGAUACUUUCAGCAGUGAGGACAAUAGAGGUGCUAAGCAGGACUUCUGGGAGACCUUCGGUAACUCGGCUCCUAAAAAAUCUGACAGCAACACCUCUGCUGAGAAGAACUGGAGCUUAGAAGCUCAGGCUAACAAUAAGAGCAGCACCGGAGACAGCUGGGACACCUGGGACAACGCCUGGGAGAGCGCUGGAGAUGCCAAGAGCAAGAAGCCUUCAGAGGAGUCAUGGGACAACAGCGGCUGGUGAUCAAAUGGAACCAGGGUAAACCUGGUCUUAUCCUAGAGGGUUUGUGAAAUCAGGUGUGUUUAAGAAUAUUUGUCUGUACAAAAAAUUUAGAACAUCUGUCAUAAACCCACCUCAGAUGAGUGUCCUAUCAUGUCCUCAGAGUAGUACAUUGAGUGUAUCCUUUUCAUUCUUAUGGUUAUCGAUUUCUGUUGAUGAAUAUGUUAAUAAAGAUUUUCAGAUGUGGCCUCUCUGUCCUUGAUAGAGAUUACAACUUUUGACAUUUAGUCCUUUCAAGUCAUUGUUAAAGCAGCUUUAUGAUGUGAUCUGCAUGUCAGCUACUGUUUGUGGUCUGUGGAUCCUAAUAAAUGCAACUAAUAAACAUUCUGAUAAUGUAAUCAAGUCAGUUUAAUGGAUGUUUUUCUUUCUUUUUUUUUUUAUAAAUCUCUAUAAAAUAAAAAAAAUAGGUUAUUGUAAAGUACAUUCUUGCUGCAGUCAAUUUCUUGAGUUUUAAUUUUGCAAUAAUAUUAUACACUUCACACCACACAUACAUGAUCUGUUGUGUGCCAGAUGUGCAUUAUCAGUUUGAACUCUUCUAUUCUAAACAUCAGGAUGAUAAUUACUACCAUGUAUGUAGUGUAUCUUGCAAUAUGCUAAAUGUUUUUCCAUCAAGUCAAGCUGUAAAACAACACAUGCUGUUAUCUGGGUGAAGUGGGAAAGCUCUGCUCUAUAUUCUGCUAGUUAAAUACUUAAAUAUAUGAAGUGUAAUAAAAUUUAUUUUAC